GUGAUAAGAAUGGUACCAAAGCAGUGCCAUUGACGGAAGAUCACAAGCCUGAUCUUAAAGAAGAGGCCGAACGCAUUCAUAACGCAGGAGGUAUCGUCAUGCAAGGUAGAGUUAAUGGCAAUCUCAAUCUCACUCGUGCGAUUGGGGAUUUGAGUUACAAACAAGAUCAUAACUUGAAACCUGAGGAGCAAAUGAUCACUGCUAACCCUGAUGUGUCUACUAUACCCAUAACAGAUGAGGAUCAGUUCUUGGUAGGAUGCUAUUGUUGA